CCCCCCCCCUUCAACUCGAAGUCGUCACCUGUCGACCAAAAACUCCAUUUAACAUGGUUUCCCCUUCAAAAUACAGAACCAUAAAAGCUUCAGUGGCUAUAGCAGAUGCUGUUUCAUGGAGCUGUGCCAUAGCUUUGAUCGCCUUUAUUUUAUUGAGCUCCAUAAGAUAUAGCACUGCAAAUGAUCGGGUGCGAGGAAGGCAACUUCAGGACAGACCCUGCGACGAAAUCUAUGUCGUCCAAGAAGGAGAAACCCUUCAUACCAUCAGCGAUAAAUGUGGUGACCCGUAUAUAGUCGAGCGCAAUCCCCAUAUCCAUGAUCCGGAUGAUGUUUUUCCUGGACUUGUUAUAAAGAUUACACCUUCAAAUCCCAGGUCAAAUUAAGCUGUUGCCGAGGUAUUAGUGAAACACAGUCUGUUCUUAUGUUGGCUACUAGUUACUCGAAAAUAAAUUGAACUUUCUUACAGGUUUUGACGGACCUUUGUAUUAAUAUUCUCUUGUGGAUAUAAAAGACUGGGGUAACAGAAAUAUUUCUCGUUCUUGAUAUCUGAUCCAAGAAUUUCCUCUCUCUUUUUUAUUUUUCACAAGGAGCCAUAGCGUUUGAUUGAUUUCACUGUUGGAUAUAGCCUUCUAAUUUUGGUAUUCGAUCGUUGUUCAUCAUUUAUGAUAUAUUCUGAAAGGCGAGGAUGCCCCAAAUGAAAUUAUAAACUGAAAGAGUACUCA